AUGUCCCGCGCAUCGAAAAUCACACUAGCGGCGACAUCGCUGGGCGCAGUUGGCAUUGUGAUUUUCGUGCACUAUGCGCAGCGCGCAGAGAAAGCUGCAAUGCACGCCGGGGUUAUCCGUGACUACGAGCAACAACGCCUCAAACGCGAACGACAAGCCGAAUUCGAAAUGCAGCAGGCGCUUGAGAGAGAAUAUAGAAAAGUGCAGACUGUUUCGGACGGCGGAGGGCCUGCUGCGCCU